AUGUUUUACUUAUCGAUAUUUAGGGCAGUCAAUGUUGAAGACGAUGAAGGUGACGCUGAAGAUCAUACAAAAGAGCUGCAAAUCGAAGAAGGAUUUAGAAUUUUUUACAAAGCUUUGAACUUGCAGAAAGAUGCACAAUUACAAGAAGCAGAGCAAUUAUACAAUCAGCUAUUCUCAUUGAACAUUAUGCAAUCGGAGACACCAACAAUAUCUCCCGUUAUACGAACGUUAAACUACUUAGCCUACCGCAAUAGAGGUAUCUUGCGGUUGCAUAUUUUACAGUUCACAGCAGUCAAAUCGAAGCCGACUGAUACGCUUCAUGAUGAACUCUUGAGCCUUCUUACUUUGUGUUUGAAAGAUUUGGUUAAGGCUCUGGAAUACGAGGAAGGAGAUAGUUUCUUAACUCAACUGUUGUAUGACAUUUUCAUGAUGCUCGACUACAAGAGAAUUGCAAGGUACAUAGUCGAAUACGAACUGAUGAAAUGGGACAAUCAAUAUGGAUCUGAGGAUGAACUUCCUGUGUCUAAAUACAACAUUUCUAGAGGUCAGCUACAGGAUACCUUGAGCCUCUAUGAUUUUCUUCUUCAAAAGUUUGAUGAUAACAUUUGCGAUAGUGGAUUCAUAUCUAAUAAUCAUAUUCAGUCGUUUGAACGAGUACCAUCGAGGAAGAGGAAAAGGGCAAAUUCGAUUAUUAGCUCGAUCUCUUCUUGUAAGCUAAAUCCUUCAAAUAGGUCGUUGUUUUCAAUUGAUCAGAAACACUCUUUCAAACUGAAACCUUCAUCAUCAUGGGGCCUACUGCUCAGCAAUAUAGAAGUGCUGAUACCGAAGUCUAAAGGAAAAACAAAAUGUCUUGAUGAUUAUUUACUCACCGACUUUCCCAUGGAAAGAGUCGGUUUAGAAGCUCCGAAUGGAGACGGCAGAGACUUGGCGGACACUGAAUGCUCUGAUGAUGAGCUAGUAUACAGAACGCCUGAUCCGCCAGACUACGCAACCUCGCAAGAUGCAUCAAAAACCAAACUAGAUAAUUCAUGCCAUAAACGUGAGGAAUCACAUGAAAAAGAAAGAUCCUCUUCAAACGAAGAGCACAUGAUCAACCCCGAAGCAUCCUCCUCCAAUAGUGCCGCACUAGAAGAAGAACACAGGACACAUUCAAGAAACAAGAAAGGAAAUGAGAAUCGUGGGAAUCUAGAUGUUGUUACAAGUCCCAACUUCAGGGGCAGCCUGGACGCUCCACCUACUCAGUCAGAGGCACAAAAAUUCAAUCGUAGUAGUCGAAGCCGAAGGAACAUAGAUUCUCUUUCUGUUGUAGUUGCAAUGGAUGAUUUUGCUCAUAAUACAGAGUUCAUCAAAUCAUGCAACAUCUUCUUAGCCUUAUGUCCUGGCCACAUUCAGCUCUUUGACAACACUGAAGCAUUAAUUGAUGAAAAGUUGCAAUCACGAAGAACAGAUGUGGCGAUUCCUAUUCCAGAUAUUGAUUUUGUUAGUAUUUUGAACAAUUGGACCCAGAACUGUUCUGCGUUAUUGUUACUUAACAUUGAAAUGGAAGGUUUUGAGAAUUUUUCGGUGAUUGACAUUCUAAGCUCGACGUCUAUUAAUGAUUUUGAUGUGGCAAUUAGAAACUUCAACGAUCUACCAAUGGUCGAAACAACGCUUAAAGAGUUCUUGGCGAUGAUUGAAAACAGGUGUUUGAACGUAUAUCAAUUGAAGUAUCUUGUAUUGAAGCAGUUUUUCGGUCACAACGAUGUUUUGAACUCUCGUAUCAUAACUGAUUAUGAGCUGGAGAAGGGCGCUCUAAAAUCGCUCCGGAGAAUAAUGGAUUCUGUGGAUGUAACGCUACUCAAUAAUAUUCGGUCCUUUUUGAAUCGCCAAGAUGGUUCAACAAUCAAGUUAUUUGAAUUUUACACCAUCUCAAUAUCGUUCACUGAGCAGCUUGUAAAUGACUACAUUUCACUCAAGAUGGUUAUGAAAACGAAGAAAGAUUGGGCAAGCAACAAGUCUCGAUACAAUGAGCUAUUAAACAGUGCACAUUGUGUUGAGGGAAGAAUUUUGAAUUGGAGUUCCAUUGUUCGUGAUAUUUACUUCUUGUUGCGGAGAAGAUCAUUUUCGGAUGUUGUUCAAAAAUAUUGGUUUCAAUUCAGAUGGGUCCAAAUAUCAUAUUCACAGUAUAGUAAUGACAGCUCUCUCACUUAUGCGAGGCUCCUUUUGUCUCGCUUAGACAAGGAAUUAAAGGAAUGCCAUAUCAGUAUCGACACAAGUUACAUUAAUAAUGACCAUAUUUCGAUGCUUAGCUCAAGGAAUGCUGGCAUUCAAUUGUCGAAACUCAAUGUUUUGAAUCUUUUUUCUUCGAUCAUAGACAAUAGUGUAGACAACGCAAGCACUCGUAUAGAAAUGCUGGAAUCGCUACUUGUACAAAGAUCUCCUGUUGCGGAAGAAUAUUGCGAGCUGAACCAAUUCAUUCACGGGUCGUCUAUUGAGCUCAAGUUAAAACUUUGGCAAAUUCUACUAAAGCACUAUUUUGAGGUACAAGACAUCCCAAAGUAUAACAAAGGGUAUAAUCUUGUUAUUGCUUUGUUGGAGCAAGAGUUACAUGGAGAAUUCUAUAAGAAUGCGGAGUUUUUGCACAGGCAAAAGCUAUUACUAAGAGUAUUAGGUUUCUUUGGAGAAUUUACAAUUAAGUUUGUCAGCUUACUGGAACAGAUCAAAUACAGUGAAUCCUUGGAUCCUGAAAGCAUGCCUUUGCUUGCUACAUUUGUACAACUUUGUGUAGUAGUUCUCGUCCUCGAAGAUUUUGCACAGAUAUAUGGUCAAGAAAGUUUCUCUAGAAAAUCUCCGAGAUCUUUUCAUCGGCUCUCUGAUAUAUUAUGUGCCACGUUUUGUUUGUUUUUUCUGUAUUGGAAAUCUCUUUUGGGAGCUGCAGCAGUGAAGGAGAACAUCAAUGAUUUUUUGAGCUUACUUCACAAAGCACUUGGGGAUCGUGCAAUAUGUGACCGUGCUAAUGGGAUAUUUCUAAAGGUGCUCCAGCGGGAACUGCUGACCCUUGACUGUGACGAUUCUGAUAGUGAACUCUUCCAAUGUUUCAACUGUAGGUUCGGGGUUUCCUUGUCAAAGGAAAAAUUUUCCCCAUUCAACCAUAGGUGCCAUCAUGGACCUAUGUCCAAGGACGACGCGUUAAAUAUCUCGCUCUACAUUCUUCCCUAUAUUUUCAACAAAAAGAAUCCGUUUUUAUCGCCACCCAGGUCUGACAUGAAGAUUCUGCUAGACAGGAUUCACGACGUGCUAGGUAACCCGAACAUUGAUCUAAAUGACAGGUUCAUGAUCAAUACUGCUAAAAUUGAAUCAUUUUUCAACAACAUGAUGAUCACAGUAAAGACCCUUAAAUAUUCUUUUCAUGGGCUUUUACGUAUUGAACUUCAACCCCUGACAGAAUGGGAUCUGGCUGAGGUGACUCAAAGUGGCCUUUACUAUUUGCAAGGAUUGACAGCUUUGAAUCUUUUCAAGGUGAGAAAACGCAGUAUGCAAGGGAGGUCGGCAGAACUAGGAUUCGUUAUCAAGAUGCUAAAAAAUGAUCUACUAUGUGGUAAUAAUAGGCUAGAGACUUGGCUUUGUCUGGGACAGUGUUAUACUUUUUUAUUUGAAGAUGAUGUGAUCUGGACAAGCGAUAAACUCAACAACGAGAACAGGAAGAUGGCAACAGCAGUGUAUCAAAAGAAAGCUAUUUUGUGCUAUAUUAUGGCGAUUAACGAAUACUCCAGAAGCCACCGCUUAGUGAAAAUCAAACUCUCAAAAGGAGUUUCGCAUGCUCUAUUCAGUGGAUUUGGAAAGCUUUUAUUUGGCGCAUUGGUCGAACCAAUGAAUAAACUGGCUCUUCUUGUGAAUUCGACCCCCCUUUUUGUGAAGCAUCAAGGAGCCAAAGCAUAUGAAAAGCUAUCAGCGAACAAUAUCGGAGAUUCCCUGAUGUACAAAGUAUUAGAACUAUCUUUCCAGUUAGCUAUCAGAACCGCUGGCGAUGACUGGGUUAAUUAUUAUUACUUAGCUAAGGUUCAAAGGAAAUUGGGCUAUUCUGCCCAUGUUGUGGUCCGCACUCUGCUACUCUCCUGUAAGGUGUCUUCCAAAAAGAGCACUGAAGUGAUAAUUGAGCCUCAUUACAAAUUGGUGAGCUUACUUUUCAAAUUUGUUUUAAAAGAACAGAAACUUACCGUUGCAGAAGGAUCAGAAUAUCUUGGAGAAGAUCCCGUUGUAAGUACUCUUGGUAAACUCGUCGAGUGUGAAGAUGAUUUUGCUAGACAGUGUUUGCAGGGGUUAUCCAAAUUGAACCAGAUUGAUAAGAGAAACUGGCAACACAAACCUCUUUAUCGCUCUGCUAGGAUUAGAUGCGAGAUUUUUAAUGACUUUCAAGGAGCCAAAAAGGAGAUGCUUGCUUUGGUGAAUCUAAAAGCUCAUUCCAAAGCUCUUGUUUCCAUUUGGAAACCAGAAAAUGAAAUUCCUGGUAAGCAUUUCGUAUACAACUAUACUUAUGUCAUAUUUUUUGUUGAUAUUCUUUUCGAACUGGAAGAUAUCAACAGCAUGAUAACCUUGUGCAAGAAGCUUAGGAAAAUAGGCCAGAAUCUGGUCCAGCCAUCGAAAGCAUGGGACCAUGCAUGUACCAAGUUGUGUAUACUGGUACGAAAAUACUGUGGAAUGGAUGAAAAAUAUACUGAGAAAGCUCUGGCUAUUUAUCAUUAUGGGAUUAUAGAUUUUGAAAACAGGGUAGAUUACUAUCUUCUUUUUGAAAUGUCGGAAUUCAGGAGGAUGACUAAUGGAUUUGCUCCCACUGGGAUGGUUGAUGAUACCUUUUUUGGAAUAUAUUUGAAAAUUUUCCAGGAAUGGGAGCGUCGCAAAGGUCUCAUUGAGGUCAAUACUGAAGAAGUGAAGAAAUACAAACCAAAAGUUGCAAAAAGGGACAUUUUGCCUUUAUGUUCCGAGCUCCUAAAGCUCGUCUCCAAGGAUCUAGUGAGUCUAAAGCCUCAAGACUUUGACUUUGAGCUAAGACUCAAUUCUGGGCUGAGACUUGAUGAGCAGAACCAUGAAAACACAGUAAGCUUACUGAAUGAAGGGCCAGAAGCACUACAUAUAUAG